AUGACAAGUUUUGUUGGGAAUGGUACGAAGGAGCCCAAAACCUUUGCAAAGGAUUUAUUCACCAAUGGGCCAAAUGAGAAAUCACAUAUCCAAUCCUUUGAAGAUACAGUUAUGGUUUCAUUUGUAAUAAGACCCAAAUACUAUGAUUCAAUGCUUUUAGGGGCUUGUUUUGCUAAAGGAAUUCGAGGGAAGUUCAUUCGUACUACCAUCAAGAGUCGCAAUAAGAUUGCUCAUCUUGAUGGCCCUGCUCCUGCUGCCACGGAUCCCGAUUUUGCUGUUUGGGAUAAUGAGGAUUCUCUUAUCAUGACUUGGUUGUGGAAUUCGAUGACUCCUGAAGUGGGUCGUCAUUGUAUGUUCUUGUCUUCUGCUAUGGAGAUUUGGGAAACUGUCCGCUCCACUUAUUCCUUGAAACAGGAUAUGGCUGCGCGCUAUGAAUUGCGCAAUAAAAUAUUCACUACAAAACAAGAUUCUUUAUCCGUGACUGAGUACUAUGGCACCUUGAAGGAGUUAUGGACUGAACUUGAUCAAUUUCAGAGUUUGAAGAUGAAAUGUACUGCAGAUGCUACUGCUUUAGCCAAGGAGGUAGAAAAUGAGCGUAUUUUUUAUUUUCUUGCUGGUUUGAAUUCCGAGUAUGAUCCUAUUCGGGUUCAAAUACUUGGCAAAGAAACUUUUCCAUCCCUUUCUGCUGUUUUCAAUACUGUUCGGGGAGAGGAGAAUCGUCGGGGUGUUAUGAUGAACCCUGAUAAAUCUGUCAUGUUAUCAUCAAAAGAUGGUGCUGCUUCUAAACCCACUGAUGGGUCUGCUAUGAUUUCAACAAAAAAAGAUGGUUCUACUUACAGGAGUUCCUUUCCAAAAUAUUCUGAUGGAGUUUAUACCCUAAAAUAUAAUUCUGAUGGCACUCUUGAGAGAUACAAGGCUCGAUUAGUCGCCAAAGGUUACACUCAAACCUAUGGCAUUGAUUAUGAAGAAACCUUUGCUCCAGUUGCAAAAAUGAAUACAGUGAGAAUCUUGUUGUCCCUUGCUGCCCAUUACAAUUGGGAUAUAAAUCAAUUUGAUGUGAAAAAUGCUUUCCUCAAUGGUGAGUUAGAAGAAGAAGUCUACAUGGAAAUCCCGCGUGGUUUUGAUUCUGUGAAGGGGGAAAAUAAAGUUUGUCGAUUAAAAAAAGCCUUGUAUGGAUUGAAGCAGUCACCUCGUGCUUGGUUUGGGAGGUUUACUAAGGUUAUGAUGACCUUAGGAUAUAGACAGAGUCAAGGAGAUCACACUCUUUUCUUUAAGCACUCCCAAAACGGGAAGCUUACUGUGCUCCUUGUAUAUGUUGAUGAUAUUAUUAUCACAGGUAAUGAUUUUGUGGAGAGACAGAUUCUGCAGACACGACUUGCCUCUGAGUUCGAAGUCAAAGACCUUGGGAAACUGAGAUAUUUCCUAGGGAUAGAAGUAGCUCAUUCAAGCAAAGGAAUUUUUAUCAGCCAAAGGAAAUAUGUUCUUGAUCUUCUCAAAGAAGCAGGAAAGCUCGGGUGUAAACCCUCUAAUACUCCUAUUGAGCAGAAUCACAAGAUGGGCUAUGAAGAAGAGAGUCCUCCAGUUGAUAAAGGACAAUAUCAACGGCUAGUCGGUAACUUGGUGACAUGGAGAAGUAAGAAACAAGAUGUGGUUGCCAGAUCAAGUGCAGAAGCUGAAUUUCGAGCUAUGGCUCAAGGCAUUUGUGAGUUACUGUGGCUGAAAAUUGUACUUGAUGAUCUCAAAAUAAAAUGUGAGGGACCUAUGAAGCUGCUAUGUGAUAAUAAGUCCGCUAUUUGUAUAGCUCAUAAUCCAGUUCAACAUGAUCGGACUAAACAUAUUGAGGUCGACCGCCAUUUCAUCAAAGAGAAACUUGAUAGCGGGUUGAUUACCACUCCAUACAUUCCCACUGGGCGUCAAUUAGCUGAUCUAUUAACAAAGGGGCUUCCUUCAGAAUACCCUUUUUCAAGUGUUAGCAUUACAAGUAGUCCUUGA